CCAACAGUAAAUAAAAUGCAAGUUAUUAUAGGAGCUUUAUUAAUUAUUUAAUCUGUAUUGUUUGGAUUUCACUUAUAAACUUUGUGUGUAUUGUAGUGAAUAACAUAAACAAAUACUAUGUCUAUGUUUAUCUCUUUUUAUCCACAACAUUUAAUACAAGAUACUUCUACUUGCUUCUUUAUAGUUAAGAAAAUUUUAUCUGAAUCUGAAAAAAAAUAUAGCAGUUACCAAUAUUGUAACAAAUAACGAGCAAAUGUGAAGAUAAAGUUGCAGUACCUAUUUUGGAGCCUCUUGUUGGGGGUUAUAAAGUGGGGGUUAAUGAAAAAGACAGAUUGAGCACCCCCCCUGCUGUGCGAAUAGCCCCUGUCAGUCCCUGCUCCAUUCUCUGGACCUCAUCUCUGUGUAAUCAAUUAGUCUAUAGGCCUCGUGUGCUCUUAUUGACUGGGAUCAACAAUAUAUAAACGCAAUAAAGACGAGCUGUCCGCGCGCUCUGACGCACGGCUCCAAAACCCCAUCUUGUCAAAUGCGGACAAACUAUUUCUCUGAUCUCUAUUGCUUUUUAAGACAUGCCAAAGUGUUGUAAAAAAAAGGUAACGAUGCAGGGGCAGCAGAGCGACUGAACGCUGGCCCUGUCCGCCUUAUUAUCGGGUUAAUUAAAGCUCCGAUCUGACAAUGUCACCCGGUUGUAGAAAAACGGAUUUAAAUGCAGCCUCUCUGGAGACUGUGUCAAGAAGAGGAGGGCUGUUUUUCCAUUGAGUCGAGGGACCAAAACCUAUACAUGCAAAAACCUCCCUCCUAUGUGUGUGUGUAGUCAGAAGUGACAAAAAGCAAUUAUUGAAUUUUUAGAUGUCCAAAAAUAAAGCGAGGAAUUAUUCAUAAGAAGCAGUGCUCGUCGUGGCGCGUAAAAGUUCAUUAAAAUGGAAGGCCCGUGCGCAGUGGAAUAUACGCCGGGUUGUUAUUUGGGCUUGGGGGUCAAGUGACGAGCGGAUUAUAUACUUCCUCAUAAUAAUAUUAAUUAAACAAUUUGCAUGCUAAUAGGGUAACAAUUAUCGCAGCUUCUGUUGAGAGAUUCAGGUUAUUACAACAUGCCAAUCCAGGGUGCCAAGGGUCAGGGACUGAGUGGGGUGCGAAAUUUCAACUCUGAUUAACAUUGUGACAGCGCCAGACUUGGGAUAAAUAAAGUCGAAUUAAUUAUUUGAGAAAAGCUAAUGAGGAGAUCUACAACUGAAGCGGCCCAUAUAUUGUGGAGGAGAUUUUUUAUGUUAAUUUUACAAGUAGGAACGUGUCUAUUUCACGCUCUUGUCCCAUUGUCUUUUAACACUCCACAAAACCGACCUUUACUUGACCUGCGUCCGGUUCAUACACGUUAGAUUUUUCCGGUGUUAAGCCACUUUUAAUUUAGUUUUUAAUGAAAUUGGCAGGAGGAAAAUGAAAAGUUAACCCGAGAUAAAAUGUUUGGUUUAUUGUUCUCAUAGGUUUACCUUAAGUUGCCAUGGAAACACUCAGUUAAACGGACCAGCUGUUAAAUCAAUUGAUUGUUGUGGGGCUCUUGUUUUCUCACACCAUUAGGAGUCACUUAAAAACGCAUUUCAACAUUUUGACUGCACGUUUGAUUUAUUGUCAUUAAUUAGUUUUGCUUAUAAAUACAUAAUAUAAAUUGCCAUAAAGCUGUCAAAUUAAUCUAGUAAAAAUAUACAAUAGACAAAUAUUAUUUUACCAAUUGUAUAGAGAAUAACUGAACUUUGAUUUUUCAUUUAUCAUUUAAGAAUCAAAUAAUUAUUUCACUUGAUGAGGAGAUAUUGACAAUAGUGGGUAGGCUAUUAGUAUACAAACUUACUAAUAUAUUUAAUUGGGGCAAUUACAGGCUUUUUAAUAGGCUAGGUUUUGUUUAUUUUGGACAUGCAGCUGAAAUUACAAUGUGUUUUUUUUUUUACAGUUAUGGUUAGAUCACAGUUUGACAGCUUCUCUCACUUGUCAUUGCGUUUUAAGACGCUACGAGAUGAGAGAAACACAUUUUGGUUUCAUGGUUCAUUUUUGACUGGUGAGUAAAAGUUGCUGUACUUUUACUUUACUUAUACUUUUUUCCCUUCAUUUUAUUAAUACUGACAAAUAUAAAAAACGUUUUCAAUGUACUGUAUUGUACAAUGUUUGCACAGCCUCGCUCGGGCAUUGUAAUAAAUCCAAAUCUUAUUUUAUGUCAUCAUGAGAUUUAUUGGGGUCAAAUUAAUCUUCUUGUGGCAAUUUUAAUUACGCAUUCAAAAACGUGAUGUGUUUGUUAUUAUACAGAUGUAUGUAAAAAAAAAAAAAAAAAAAACUACUAAAAUACUUUUGUUUAAUAUGUUAAGAAAAUAGCUGUGCGUAAAAGUGUAACAAAGUGCACGUUAUUUUCUGUGCGUAAUGCCUGUUCCUUUAAACCCAUUAAACAUAAAGCCUUAAUAACCUUCUCUGACUUCCCCUUUAAUAAAACAUUACCCUAAUCAAUGUGUGUCGGCGGUCUAUAAUGCCCUGUAUUUGCUGCUCUGUGAACAAAAACUGUCCUCGUGCUGCCUUUUCUCCGCUACACGAUCCGCUUUGCUCCUCUCCUCUCGCUUCCUUCCUGCCUCCCUUCCCCUCGCUUCCUCUGGCGGGCUCCCCCGUGUAGUCCGCGAUGUAGUUCUUAUCAAAGCCCUCCUGUCUUGUUGUGACAGCUCUGAUAUUGUUUAUUGAGGUGGAUGUCAGCUUUAAUUAGCAAUCGAUACGGGGGAGCGUUUGCAGCGAGCAGGAGAGGAGACGGAGAGAGCGCGCCUCUGACGUCAGCGCCCCAUUACCGCUUCUCAUUGGGUCCCGUAUUCCCACAGCCUUGGACCGCUAAUUAUUGGGAGGUUCAUGUGGAUAAAGUAGAGCUCAUCCCUCCCGCUCGCAUCAUGUCACCCGCUCGUUGGCCGCUGCGUGCUCUUUAGUCUGGUCCGGCCCUUUUUCCCUUUCGCACGUCGCGGUUUCCCCCUUUUUUCCCCUAGCCCUCGGGAUGAUGGACAGCAGGAUACUGGAUCCACCUCACGCCCAGUUCGGCAUGGUGGGCUUCCCGUACCAUCUGAGCCACCACCACGUUUACGAAUUAGCCGGCCAUCAACUUCAAUCUGCGUCCGCGGUCCCCUUCUCAAUAGACGGAUUACUUAAUGGAUCGUGCACGGCGUCUGUGGGCAAUUCCAACCCCCUCUUGUCUUCGGGCUGUGGGAUGAAUGGAGAUAAUCAGCAGUACAAACUGACAGACUCGGGGGACCCAGACAAAGAUAGCCCCGGAUGCAAGAGAAGGAGAACGCGCACAAAUUUCACCGGUUGGCAGCUGGAGGAGUUAGAGAAAGCGUUUAACGAGAGCCACUAUCCGGAUGUGUUCAUGAGGGAGGCUCUGGCACUGCGUUUGGACCUCAUCGAAUCCAGGGUGCAGGUUUGGUUCCAAAAUCGCAGAGCCAAGUGGCGGAAAAAGGAGAACACGAAAAAGGGCCCAGGUCGACCAGCCCAUAACGCGCACCCCACCACGUGCAGCGGGGAGCCCAUGGACCCGGAGGAGAUCGCGCGCCGUGAGCUGGACCGCCUGGAGAAGAAGAAGCGUAAACAGGAGCGGCGUCUGCUCAAGGCCCAGAAUAAAGCCUCUGGUUCUGGGGAUCUGUUCCACACGCCCGGGUCGGACAGUGACAGCGGGGUGUCCCACGUGACCGACAGUGACCACAACAUGAGCCUGUCUUUUGACAACAACAGCCACCACUCGAGCUGCGACCCUCUCCCAAACCAAAGACACCCGGAGCGGGACAUUGGCGGAGCCGACAACAGCGCCCUGAACACGGGGAGCGUGAACAAACUCAACCCGUUCAGCGUGGAGAGCCUUCUGUCGGACUCCAGACCCAGACGCACCCCCGCGGCCUUACCCCCCUCGCGGCCUUUAAUAGGAAAAGGACACUUCCUUCUCUAUCCCAUUACGCAGCCACUAGGAUUCAUUGUUCCCCAAACUGCCCUCAAAUCUAACUCGGCCUCGGCGUCAGGACACAGCGAGGGGCAGCCCGGUGGAUCUAGGGCGGACUGUGCGGACUCGUCGGCCACAGCGGAGGACCAUCCCGGUGGCAGCAGCCCGCCCAGAUCCGCCUUCCAGACUCAUAACCCCGGCGUCUGCAGCAGCGACGUGUCUUAUGAACACAGCACGAGCCCCGCUGUAACUGCCGACGCGGACAGAAAAGAGCUUUUAGAGCAUUUAGAAAACAAGGACGAGAACCCCGCGUCUGUACCACGUGACAGUCCCGUGGACAGCACUAAGGACCUGGAGUAAGAUCCUCGGGGUAAAGAGAAACGCGCAGAUCUAUUUCUCAUUAGGCCAAAGCUUCCUUGCUGAUAUUUUUUGACAAUGUGUGUGCGCCAGGAGUCUAGAUAGACUAUACCUUUAAGUGGUAGCUUGUGGUUGAGCGGGGUUGUAUGGGGUAGACCAGUGGGUUGCUGCUCGUGAAUAGUUUAUUACCACUAAAACAAAUAUACUGAGGAAAUAUCAGAUGAACUAGCUGUUGCUAACAGGGCCACAGACAUUUUACCAAAACAAAUUAAGGCAAUAUAAACAUCAUUUUAUAAUUUUAUGCCCAAUUGACAUUUUUGUACUUAUACUGCCAAUGCUAUCUGGGUGUUUCAGUAAUCAAUUAAAUAUGGCCCCCAAAUAAGAGCACUUGCUGUAAACCAAAACUAUUCUUGAAAAAUUGCUCAGCACAUUUUUAAAUGGCCCAGUGUUUGUGUUAGCCUGUAGUUUUGUUUUGGCUUCUUUGUGUGCAUCAUUAGUGGUAAUUGACUGUCCACUAAUUAUCCUAUACAACCCCUGAUCCAAAAAACCACACUAUCCUUUUAGUGUCUUGUCAAAAACGUGAAGAGACCAACAAAAACCCUCAAGAGCUGU